AAUACCUCGAUGCACUGCACGCGCAUGUUAGAACCGCGGAGGGGAAACCGCGUCACCGUUCAGUCACAGACAACACAAGGUCUGUGAAUUCACUAAGUGGCAACUGUUUCUAGCGUUAAAACGAGUGAAAGAAGCCCAGCUAUGGAUAUCACCGGAAAGAAUUAUUUCAUUGCCAUUGACACAUGGUUAAACUCUGCAGUGGAUAAACUAUUUGGAGAGAGAGAUCCUAGAGUACGAGGAUGGCUGCUAUUGGACUCCUGCACACCCACUCUUGUCCUCACCUUCAUCUACAUCCUGAUUGUCUACCUGGGACCAAAGUAUAUGAAGAACAAGAUGCCCUACUCUUUGAAGAAUAUGUUGUUAUUGUACAACUUUGGUGUCACCAUGCUGUCUUUCUACAUGCUGGUGGAGCUUAUUUCAGCAACCUGGUCGGCUGGAUACAAAUUGAAAUGCCAAGGCCUGUUUGAUGCAGGGGAGGGUGACAUCAGAGUAGCAAAAGUGCUGUGGUGGUACUACUUCUCUAAGCUAAUUGAGUUUCUUGACACCAUUUUCUUCAUACUAAGAAAGAAAAACAAUCAGAUUACCUUCUUACAUGUGUAUCACCAUGCCUCCAUGUUUAACAUCUGGUGGUGUGUUCUCAACUGGAUCCCAUGUGGGCAGAGUUUCUUUGGACCCACACUGAACAGCUUUAUCCAUGUGCUGAUGUAUUCAUACUAUGGCUUGUCCACCAUUCCCUCCAUGCACAAGUACUUGUGGUGGAAACGUUAUCUCACACAGGCCCAGCUGGUUCAGUUUAUAUUAACUAUAACUCACACAUUAAGUGCAGUGUUUUUCCCUUGUGGUUUUCCUCUGGGCUGCCUGUUCUUUCAGUCAAGCUACAUGCUUACACUUGUUAUCUUGUUCAUCAAUUUUUACGUGCAGACAUACAGAAAAAAUCCAGCUAGAGAUGACAAAGCUAAAGAGAUGAUGAGAAACUACAUAAACGGCACCUCUCCCUGUGCUAAUGGAGCCAAACAUAAGCAUCAAUGAUGGCAAAUGUCUCUUCAAAAGGCAUAUUUCAUGUUAACUAAUUUAAUAGUAGGGAUAAUCAUGUUUAAGUGUAAUAAUGUGGUUGUGCUUUUAAUAUAGAGUACUGUUUGAACCUGUUUUGUUUGUGCCUCUGCAAACUUGAGUGUUAUGAUUUUAGUGUUGUACUGUACCCUAAGUGGUAGACUAAGUAUCUUAGGCAUUUAGAAAUAAUUUCAAUUAUUUUUUGAGAACUGGGAGAUUCCAUAAUCAAAAAAUGAUACAUUUUAAUCACAUUAUCAAUUGUCACUCAAAACUAUUUGUUAUAAUGUAUAUAUUCCAGACCAGUUAUAUAAAGUACUUUCCUUCAUACUUUGUCCCACAUUGACAAUCAUAUACACAGAACAAUUUAUAGAAAUCCAUUAUAUCAAACUCUUAUAACAUUUGGCUUACAACAUCUGUAUUUUAGUCUUUUCUGGAUUCAAAUAUACAUGAUUUUAUAUGCAGAUGUUGCUUCACAUUGGAAAAAUAAGAUGUUCAUCUGCUGCUACUUGCCUUAUUUAUUCUUAUAAUACAAAUCAGUUAUACCCCAGAAAUUAAACACAACAUUUAAGUCACAAAAUAUAAAAUGGGUGCUUUUUCGUACUUCCUGAUCAUUGUUACUGGAACUUUGGUUGUUCCAUUGUGAAAUAAGAGUCAACAUCUCUACCACUGCACUUCCAGAAUUGCUUGAAUGCCAUGUUGUGAAUGAGGCAUAAUUGAAAGGCCACUAGAAACUGACUGCUCCUAUCGUUACUUUAUUUCUGUCUGGGUGUGAGAUUUAUAUGAUUGAGUAGAAAAAUCUUAACAGAAAUAAAGUGUUCUUUUGGACAGCAACAGGGGUUCA